AUGACGAGUUCUCCGAGAGGAAAUAGGGAUCUCAGAACGCGGCUGUUCUGUGAUACCUCUUGCAGCGAUACUGUGGAACAAAGGAGGGGAGAGAACGACCAACCCAACGUCAUCUCGCGGGAUGACGGAAAAUCCCUUGCUGCUAGACACGAUCUCGUGAACACUGGCGAUAUCGGACUCGCUGAAUUGAAUAACUGUCUUGCCGAGUCCAGUUCGUGUGCUUUCCCUUCGGCCAAACCAGGCAGCAAGACCUUCGAACAGUCACUUCAAGGAUUUUGCCAAACUCUCAAUCCUCUAGGUACCUCAGGAACAGCGACACAGACGGUAGAGAGCCCAACAAGGAUACUUUUAUCAAACGUCUAA